GGAACUGAAUAAAGAUAAUGAGAGCUUUACAGAGAGACUUGAACACACUGUUUCUCACUUUCUUUCUAUAUCUUUUCUUUUGAAUCCACUGUUUUUUCUUUCUCUGAAUAAUCCCAUAACGUUGGUGUUUCUGUUUUCGUGAAAGAGAGAAAUGGCAGCCAACAUUGGUAUUUGUUCUUUUAUUAUGCUGGUUUUCCUGCUAGUGACUUCCGUUAGUGGAGAAGAUCCUUACAGGUUCUACACAUGGAAUGUUACCUAUGGUGAUAUCUAUCCGCUUGGAGUUAAACAGCAGGGGAUCUUGAUUAACGGCCAAUUUCCAGGGCCGCUGAUCGAGUCUGUCACCAAUGACAACCUUAUUAUCAGUGUUUUUAACAGCUUGGACGAGCCUCUUCUUCUCUCCUGGAAUGGUGUACAGCAGAGGAGGAACUCAUGGCAAGAUGGAGUUUAUGGGACCAAUUGCCCCAUUCCUCCAGGACAGAACUUCACUUAUGUGCUUCAAGUGAAAGAUCAGAUUGGUAGCUAUUUCUACUUCCCUUCCUUGGGCAUGCACAAGGCUGCAGGAGGCUAUGGUGGCAUCAAAAUUGCCAGCCGCUCUGUUAUUCCUGUUCCUUUCCCUCCUCCAGCCGGCGAUUUCACCAUUCUAACCGGUGAUUGGUACAACAAGAAUCACACUGAUUUGCAAGCAAUCUUGGAUGGUGGAAGUAAUCUUCCCUCUCCGGAUGGUCUUCUCAUCAAUGGCCGUGGUUCAAAUGCAUACACAUUCACAGUUGAGCAAGGCAAGACUUACAGGUUAAGGAUAUCGAAUGUGGGGCUGACAACUUCAAUCAAUUUCAGAAUCCAAGGGCACAAAAUGCUUUUGGUAGAGGUGGAAGGAACGCAUACCUUGCAGAACACUUAUGAUUCCAUUGACAUCCAUUUGGGUCAGUCUCUCUCUGUACUGGUUACAGCCGAUCAACCAGCACAAGACUAUUACAUGGUUGCCUCCUCGCGUUUCACUCCCCAAGUCCUCACUACAACGUCCAUUUUUCGCUACAGCAACUCAGCUGGAAGUGUUUCCGGUCCUCCCCCUGGCGGGCCUACAAUUCAGAUCAAUUGGUCUCUUGAACAAGCUCGAUCCUUCAGGAGGAAUCUGACGGCAAGUGGACCCAGACCAAAUCCUCAAGGCUCUUACCAUUAUGGAUUGAUCAAUGUAACCUGGUCAGUCAGACUUGCAAACUCUGCUCCAGUUAUUGGUGGCAAGCAGAGGUAUGCAGUCAAUAGCGUGUCCUUCAUCCCAGCAGAUACACCCUUGAAGCUUGCAGACCACUUCAAGAUACCCGGAGUUUUUGGCCUUGGAAGCAUCCCAGACAAUCCUACAGGUGGUGGUGCUUACCUCCAGACAUCUGUCAUGGCUGCUGACUUCCGAGGCUACGCUGAGAUCGUGUUUGAGAAUCAGGAAGACGAGUUGCAGUCAUGGCACAUCGAUGGCCAUAACUUUUUCGUUGUUGGCAUGGAUGGAGGGCAAUGGUCACCUGCAAGUAGAUUGGCUUACAAUUUACGGGACACGAUUUCUCGUUGCACUGUUCAGGUGUAUCCUAAGUCAUGGACUGCAGUUUACAUGCCACUGGACAACGUAGGAAUGUGGAAUGUGAGAUCGGAGAACUGGGCACGCCAAUACUUAGGCCAGCAAUUCUAUUUACGUGUAUAUUCACCUGCCAAUUCAUGGAGGGACGAGUAUCCAAUCCCAAGCAAUGCUAUUCUCUGUGGCCGGGCAAUCGGACAUCAAACUCGGGCUCGAUAGAGAAGCAUAUGAGAAAGGAGCGGCUGUCACGAGUGGGUGACAGAUAAUGCACCAGAAGUAAUGUAAGGUUUCUAUAUAGAGGUGUUUCAUGGCUCAGCUUGAGCCAAUUUUACCCAUUUGAUUAUUCUCUCCCCCACCCCUCCCCCAAAAAAAACCCUGAUAGAUUGCUUUUAAGAGCUGUUAUGAUUUAUAAAUCAGAAAUAGAAGUUGUUUGUGAUUCUUUAAUUCUGA